ACGGAGGGAGAGAUGCAAAUAAAACACUCCCGAAGAUCUGGAAAAGGCGCGAGUUGUGCCUCGUACCCCAAAUACAGGACAGGCACCCCAACCAAUACCGUACCGAUAUAUAGAAAGAAAGAAAACGCAGAUACAGAAAAAUGGCGAAGCAGUAGAACAGCGACGCCACAAGACGUCUCUCAACUCCGAACCAUUCCAAAGACGAUCAUCAUCAACAACAAUAGCACCACCGAUCCUCCUUCCAAACCCUAAUUACGCAAUUCUCUCUCUCUCUCUAGAUCUCGCCUUUCAUCGCCGGAGCUUAAGUUGAGCUCCGAGUCUCGAUUCCUCCGAAACCCUAACAUGUGAAACCAUAAUCUCUCUCUCUCUCUCUCUCUACAUUUGUAUGCAUUGUUUUUCUCUCUAGACUUGUGAUGUGGUGGCGUUUAUCAAGCAAUGUGAGACUUGAUUGUUGAGGACUAUAAAUCCUUGGUUUUUGUUGAAUUGGGCAUUGGAUGGGAAUGGAGCCUUUGAUCGAGCUCUGUGACUUGAUUGCACAGAAACCUGACCAAUUCGCCGAUAAACUCACCUGGAUGUGCGGCAGAUGCAUCCAGCCUGAGUCUCUCCUCGCCGGAUCUCCUAGGGUUUCUCGUGCUCAGCUCAAUGCCUUGGUUGCCCUCGCUCGAUUUCUCUCCAAAUGCCCUAAUCACACCGAUCAGCGUCCCGAAUACGUCGUUUCGGAGUUUCUCCGCUCGAUUCCUGCUUCCUUCAAUCAAUCUUUCUGGCCUCAGUCGUUCGGGACCGAUUCAAUUGCUUCGUUUUACGCCGAUUUCUUGGCUUACGUCUCGAAAGCCACUGAAUUGUCGUCGGAUUUCGCCGCCGAUGUUGCGGAGUUCAUGGGAGAUAUUGUGAUGUCAGCCGUUGGCAAUGAGACUGGAGAUUUGAGGAUUUCUAGGGCAUUCUUGAGAGCUCUGUCUCAGAGUUUCCUGCCAAUUCUAAUUUCCGAUGCUGAUAAAUUGGUUGCAUAUCUUCUUGAUCACUUCGUGAGUGACGUCCCGAAUUCAUUUCAGAGUUCACCUAUUUUUGCAAGUCCACAAAAUCAUGUAUCUGGGUCGUCUAGCAGUUCAGCAUCCAGAGAAUCAGCGAUGAAUGGGUAUAGCGUUGCGUGGAAGAGUAGUGUGGAUCAGUUGGUAACAAGUAUUGGGAAUGUUGGGUUCAAUGAUGGAGGAGGCAAUGCCGCGGGCUAUAAGCAACUGGUUGUCACUUUUGAGGGGGAGCCUGUGGAGAGGCUCGAGAAACAAGAAAUUGCGUUUAAAUUGAUUGCACACAUCUUAGAUAAAGUAUUCAUCGAUACCAAACUGUUGGACCAGGUGAUGAUAAUCGCGAAGGAGCAGCUCCAGUCAAUGUCUGCUUUUCUAAAGAUAAGGAAGAAUGAUUGGAAUGAACAAGGAACAGUACUUAAAGCUAGAAUCAAUACAAAAUUAUCUGUUUUCCAAGCUGCAGCUAGGUUAAAAAUUAAAAGUCUUGCAUCCCUUAAUUGUGACGGAAAGUCAUCAAAGAAGUUGCUUCUCAGUACUCUUGCACUGUUGGUAGACAAUGCAGAAGCUUGUUUAUUUUCAGUGUGGCGAAAAUUGAGAAUAUGUGAAGAGCUCUUCAGUUCUUUGCUUUCCGGAAUUACCCAAAUUUCUGUCACUCGUGGGGGUCAGCUGCUACGUGUUUUGCUAAUUCGACUUAAACCUCUUGUGCUAGCCACAUGUGCGCAGGCUGACACUUGGGGCAACAGCCAGGGAGCCAUGUUUGAGAGUGUACUGAAAACAAGCUGCGAGAUAAUUGAAUUUGGUUGGAGCAAGGACCGGUCUCCUGUGGACAGUUUUAUCGUGGGAUUAGCUACGAGUAUUCGCGAACGAAAUGAUUAUGAGGAAGAGAAUGGGAAAGAGAAGCAACCAGCUCCUGUUGUGCAGCUUAAUGUUAUACGCUUGCUAGCUGAUCUGAAUGUUUGUGUUAAGAAGCCUGAAGUGGUAGACAUGAUAUUGCCACUAUUCAUUGAAACAUUAGAAGAGGGGGAUGCUUCAACUCCUGGCCAGUUACGUCUACGACUUCUUGAUGCUGUUUCUCGCAUAGCGAGUCUGGGAUUUGAAAAGUCUUAUCGUGAAACUAUUGUUCUGAUGACAAGAAGCUAUUUGAGUAAACUCUCCAGUAUUGGCUCAGCUGAAAGUAAAACCCUAGCACCAGAAGCCACAACAGAACGUGUUGAGACUCUUCCUGCAGGAUUUCUUUUAAUUGCUAGUGCUCUUUCCAGUUCUAAAUUGCGGUCAGACUAUCGUCAUCGUCUGCUAUCCUUGUGCUCAGAUGUAGGCUUGGCUGCUGAGUCUAAAAGUGGAAGGAGUGGAGCAGAUUUUCUUGGACCUCUACUUCCUGCUGUUGCUGAAAUAUGUUCGGAUUUUGUUCCUAGUGUAGAUGUGGAACCUUCAGUUCUAAAGUUUUUUCGUAACCUGUGGUUCUACAUUGCUCUUUUCGGGUUGGCCCCUCCCAUAAUGAAAACUGAGGUUCCAAUGAAGUCUGUUUCCACUACACUGAAUAGCGUGGGGAGUAUGGGUGUAAUUGCCCUUCAAGCCGUGGGUGGACCAUAUAUGUGGAAUACUCAAUGGUCUUCUGCUGUCCAGCGCAUUUCUCAAGGGACCCCACCCCUUGUUGUUAGCUCUGUAAAAUGGCUUGAAGAUGAGUUGGAGCUUAAGGCUCUUCAUAAUCCUGGUAGUCAACGAGGGAGUGGCAAUGAGAAAGCUGCUGUAACCCAAAGAACUGCUCUUUCUGCUGCUCUAGGAGGGAGAGUUGAGGUGGCAGCAAUGAGUGGCAUUUCAGGUGUGAAGACUACUUAUCUCCUUGCGGUAGCUUUUUUAGAGAUAAUACGAUUUAGCAGCAACGGUGGCAUUCUUAAUGGUGAUCCUAGUUUAACUGCUCCUAGAAGUGCCUUUGGCUGUGUGUUUGAAUACCUGAAAACUCCAAACCUCAUGCCGGCUGUUUCCCAGUGCUUGACAGCAAUUGUCCAUCGGGCUUUUGAAACAGCAGUUUUGUGGCUGGAGGAUCGGACAUCUGGGGCAGGCAAUGAAGCCAAGAUUAGAGAGUCUACUCUUUAUGCACAUGCAUGUUUUCUCAUAAAUAAUAUGGCUCAAAGGGAAGACCAGAUUCGGGAUAUCUCAGUUAACUUGUUGACUCGACUUAGAGAUAAGUUUCCACAGAUCCUGUGGAACUCUUCCUGUCUAGAUUCCCUACUAUUUUCAGUGCAUAAUGACCCACCCUCAGCUGUUGUACAUGAUCCUGCAUGGAUGGCUAAUGUUCGCUCUUUGUACCAAAGAAUUGUUCGGGAAUGGAUUGUUAUUUCACUUUCAUAUGCUCCAUGCACUAGCCAGGGUCUUCUUCAGGAAAAGCUCUGUAAAGCAAACACAUGGCAAAAAGCGCAGUCUGCCUCUGAUGUUGUUUCUCUUCUGACUGAGAUACGGAUUGGUACUGGUAAAAAUGAUUGGAGUGGCACAAAAACUGCAAAUAUUCCAGCGGUGAUGGCUGCUGCUGCUGCUGCAUCUGGAGCAAACUUGAAAUUGAUGGAGGCCUUUAACUUGGAGGUGCUCAAUACAGGUGUAGUUAGUGCAACAGUCAAGUGUAACCAUGCUGGAGAAAUUGUGGGCAUGAGAAGGUUGUAUGAAAGCAUUGGUGGAGUUCAACCAGAGACUUCACAAACUGGCUUUGGGCUUGGUAUUAACCUUCAAAAGUUGAGAUCUGGAGUGUUUUCUCAGCAACCACCCCAGCAAAAUGAUGCUUUUAAUGAGAUUAUGCUGACCAAGUUUGUGCGUCUACUUCAACAGUUCGUUAACAUUGCAGAGAAAGGUGGGGAAGUGGAUAAAUCAUUGUUUCGUGAAACUUGCUCCCAGGCUGCUGCAUUGCUUCUUUCAAAUCUGGGUUCUGAUAAAAAAUCAAAUAUGGAGAGCUUUUCACAACUUUUACGUCUUCUUUGCUGGUGUCCAGCGUACAUUUCCACUCCCGAAGCAAUGGAGACUGGUAUAUUUAUCUGGACAUGGUUAGUUUCUGCUGCUCCUCAAUUGGGAUCUCUUGUUCUUGCUGAGCUUGUUGAUGCUUGGUUGUGGACAAUCGAUAUGAAACGAGGUCUCUUUGCAUCAGAAGUGAGGUAUUAUGGACCUGCUGCAAAAUUGAGGCCUCAUCUUGCACCUGGAGAGCCAGAAAUGCCACCAGAAAAGGAUCCUGUCCAACAAAUAAUUGCUCAUAGACUGUGGCUUGGAUUUUUUAUUGACCGUUUUGAGGUAGUUCGACAUGAAAGUGUUGAGCAACUCUUACUUCUUGGUCGGAUGUUACAAGGGACCACAAAGCUUCCCUGGAACUUUUCACGCCAUCCAGCUGGUACUGGAACUUUUUUUACCUUGAUGCUGCUUGGGCUGAAGUUUUCCUCAUGCCAGUCCCAGGGCAAUCUGCAAAACUUCAGAACAGGACUUCAGCUGCUUGAAGACAGGAUAUAUCGAGCCUCUUUGGGCUGGUUUUCCCAUGAGCCUGAAUGGUAUGAUCUGAACAGCAUAAAUUUUUCCCAGAGUGAAGCUCAAUCUGUCUCUGUAUUUGUUCAUCAUCUUUUGAAUGAGCAAGUGGAUGCUCCCCAACUUGAUCCAAAAGGACGUGGACGUGAAAACGGGAGCUCUUUGAGUGAUUUGAAGGAUCAUUAUCACCCUGUUUGGGGCCAUAUUGAGAACUAUACUGCUGGAAGAGAAAAGCGGAAGCAGUUACUCUUGAUGUUAUGCCAACAUGAAGCCGAUAGGCUUGAAGUUUGGGCACAACCUGUUACCUCAAAGGAAAAUACACCUUCUCGUCCUAAAAUUACAUCAGAGAAAUGGAUUGAAUAUGCCAGAACUGCGUUUUCUGUUGAUCCACGGAUAGCACUAUCCUUGGCCUCGAGAUUCCCUACAAAUACUUUCUUGAAGGCUGAAAUGACUCAGCUGGUUCAGUCGCAUAUAUUGGAGCUCCGCUGCAUACCUGAAGCAUUGCCAUAUUUCGUUACUCCAAAGGCUGUUGAUGAAAAUUCAUCACUUUUGCAACAACUGCCGCACUGGGCUGCUUGUUCGAUCACACAAGCUCUUGAAUUUCUUACUCCAUCAUAUAAAGGUCAUCCCCGUGUGAUGGCUUAUAUUCUCAGAGUUUUGGAGUCUUAUCCUCCUGAGCGAGUAACCUUUUUCAUGCCACAGCUAGUACAGGCCCUACGAUAUGAUGAUGAGCAAUUAGUAGAAGGUUAUUUGCUUAGAGCUGCUCAAAGAAGUGACAUAUUUGCUCAUAUUCUAAUAUGGCAUUUACAAGGUGAGACAGUACCGGAAUCAGGGAAAGAUGAAGGAUGUGCGAAGAAUAGUUCGUUUCUAGAGCUAUUGCCUGUUGUUAGGCAACGAAUAAUUGAUGGAUUCACUCCCAAGGCCACUGAUGUUUUUCGAAGAGAAUUUGAUUUCUUUGAUAAACUGACAUCUAUAUCCGGUGUUCUCUUUCCACUUCCAAAGGAGGAACGGCGAGCUGGUAUACGGAGAGAGUUGGAGAAAAUUGAAGUGGAAGGAGAAGACCUUUACCUACCUACUGCUCCUAAUAAAUUAGUCAAAGGUAUUCAGGUUGACAGUGGAAUACCCCUACAAUCAGCAGCAAAAGUUCCUAUUAUGAUCACAUUUAAUGUGGUGGAUAAGGAUGGAGAUUGGAAUGUUACAAAACCCCAAGCUUGCAUCUUCAAGGUCGGAGAUGAUUGUCGGCAAGAUGUUCUUGCUUUACAAGUAAUUUCACUUCUUAAAGACAUAUUUGAAGCAGUUGGAAUUAACCUCUAUUUGUUUCCUUACGGAGUUCUUCCUACUGGCCCAGAGAGAGGAAUAAUUGAGGUUGUACCAAAUGCACCGAGCAGAAGUCAGAUGGGUGAAACCACUGAUGGUGGUUUGUAUGAGAUUUUUCAACAGGACUUUGGGCCAGUUGGUUCUCGCAGCUUUGAAACUGCUCGUGAGAAUUUCAUAAUUAGCAGUGCUGGGUAUGCCGUUGCCAGCCUUUUGCUUCAACCGAAGGAUAGACACAAUGGAAAUCUUUUGUUUGACAUUGAGGGUAGACUUGUUCAUAUUGAUUUUGGUUUUAUCCUGGAAACUUCACCGGGUGGAAAUAUGCGUUUCGAAAGUGCGCACUUUAAGCUGAGUCAUGAGAUGACUCAAUUACUCGAUCCGUCUGGGGUAAUGAAAAGUGACACUUGGAACCAGUUUGUGAGCCUAUGCGUGAAGGGUUAUCUUGCUGCCCGUCGCUACAUGGAUGGCAUUAUCAACACGGUAUUGAUGAUGAUCGACAGUGGAUUGCCUUGCUUCAGCAGAGGUGACCCAAUUGGAAAUCUUCGCAAGAGAUUUCAUCCAGAAAUGAGUGAGCGUGAGGCUGCCAACUUCAUGAUCCGCACGUGCACCGACGCCUACAACAAGUGGACCACUGCUGGGUACGACUUGAUACAAUAUUUGCAGCAGGGCAUUGAAAAAUGAGCAAACUUUUCCAGGUUUGUUUUCUAAUUGUAUAUGAUGAUUGCUUGUAAUUCUAUUGUUUUAUUCACUGUAGCUGCAUUUUUUUAUUUUAUUUAUAAUUUUUUUUUCGUGGGGGAUUACCGGUGAGAGGUGUGUAAAAUCAGCAAACACGGAAAUGAGCUGUUUGUGGUUGUGCAGUGGGAUUGGAAUUCCUUGUGAGGUGUGUAAAAAAUACAGUUUGUAACUUCUAAUCAAAAUGAAAUUCAGGUUUUGUUGCAAUGGCCA